AUGCUAAAACAUCUGAAUCCAGAUACCAUAGAAAUUUUGCUUUCGCUAUUCAACAGAUGCAUAUCCACAUCUCACAUUCCAUCAGCUUGGAAACAUGCCAAUGUUUAUCCCAUACCAAAACCCAAAGAAUGGCAUUAUCAACUCACACACACUUGUCCUAUUACAUUAUUAGAAUGCACUCAAUUAGGAUACACCAUCAAUACUACUUUACCAUCUAAUUUAACAGUUAGUUCAUACACCACCAACGCUGAAUCUGUCACAAUUACAAAUGUUGCAUACAUGGAUGAUACUACAUGGAUUGCAUCAUCAAAAGAAAAAAUGUACAAAAUUCUAUCAAUUGCUUCUUCUUUCUACCAAUUAAAUGCCAUUAAAGUAAAUCCUGACAAAUCAACAUUGAUGGUCAUUAAUUCAUCAGGAAAUGACAAUGAAACAAAUGCAACAUUCAAUAACAUAUCAAUUCAUUCCACUCCCACAAAUACUCCAGUUAGAAUUCUGGGAGUAUGGUUCAAUACUUCUGGCUCACAAAAACACCAUAUUUCCUCUUUCAAAAAUGCAAUCAACACCUUCAAAUCAUUACUUUACCCCAAAAAUUAA